GGGCGGUCGUCGUUAAAUUGAGUGGAUUGUUUAUAUACAAGUUCUUCUUAAAUAAAAUUUAGUUUAGCUCAUCUCUCAGUUGUAUAUGGUCGGUGCUGGUUUUUAAUUCCUGAGCAGUGAGGAGCCACAAUGAAGUCGCUCGGGCUUUUUUUAACGCUGGCGGCGUUUGUCUCGGCGUCGGCGCAGCCGCCGUACGCCGGACUGGCGGCGAGAGAGUGGGGCUCGGCGGCGGUGGCGGCGGCCGAGUACAUCACGGUGGAGCCAGUGGAAGAGUACCUACCGCCGAUAAAGCAGCCGUACUACUGCUCCCACUGUAACCCUGAACAGGUCCACAUUGCCUUUGGCGAAAAAUCCAACAACAUCGUAGUAACGUGGUCAACAUUCAACGAUACCCCCAGCGUGGUCCACUACGGUGUGGAGGAGUUGCAGCACUAUGCGCACGGCGCUAGCUCGUUGUUUGAAGACGGCGGGAACGAGCGGCGCCAGCAGUACACACACCGCGUCACGCUGCCGGAUCUGCAGUACGACACUAAGUAUGUGUACAACGUAGGCUCAGAGUACGGCGUGUCGAGCCUGUUCUCCUUCCGCACGGUUCCGGAAGGGAACAACUGGCCCGUGCGCGCUGCCGUAUUCGGAGACAUGGGCACUGAGGGCGCCAAAGCAAUGCCAUACCUCCAAGAGGAAUCCGAAAUGGGCCACUUCGACCUGAUUCUCCACGUGGGCGACAUGGGCUACGACAUGGCGACAGACAACGCGAGGGUCGGCGACCAGUUCAUGCGGCAGAUCGAGCCCAUCGCGACCAUGGUCCCCUACAUGACGUGCGUUGGCAACCAUGAAGAGGCCUAUAAUUUUAGCAACUACCGGGAGCGCUUCUCAAUGCCGGGCGGCACGGAGAGCAUGUUCUAUAGCUUCGACCUGGGGCCCGUGCACUUCGUUGCCAUCUCCACCGAGUAUUAUUACUACAUCAAAUAUGGAGUCAAGAUGAUCUACGAACAGUACCAGUGGCUGGAAAAGGAUCUGGCCAUGGCUAGUCAUAGGGAGAAUCGGACGGUGCGGCCGUGGAUCGUGCUGAUGGGCCACCGGCCCAUGUACUGCAGCAAUGCCGACGAUCUCCCGGACUGCGAGUACGAGUUCUCGCGCACCGGCAACCCCUUCUUCGGACACGGGCUCGAGCCGCUGCUGCAGCAGUACGCCGUGGACCUGGUGUUCUGGGCGCACGAGCACUCGUACGAGCGCCUGUGGCCCCUCUACAACAACACCGUCUACAACGGCUCGCUGGCCGCGCCCUACACCGACCCGAGAGCGCCUGUUCACAUAGUGACGGGGUCCGCAGGUAACCACGGUGGUCAGGACCCUUUUACUGGCACCCACCCGCCGUGGUCGGCGUUCCGCACCGACGACUUCGGCUACACGAGGAUGGUGGUGCACAACCACUCGCACAUCUACAUCGAACAGACGUCGGUGGAGAGGAACGGCGACGUCGUGGACUCCUUCUGGCUCGUCAAGCACAAGCUCUCCUUCAACGAUCCCCACCACUAACGACCUCUUUAUACCUGUGCCCACUAAUUGUUUAAACAUUUCAUUUUCCACCAAUUAACCUACGUAAUAAUCAUUAAGUACUCCAUCUGGCUGACCAAGUUUAAUCCUAGAAUACGGCGUCGACUAAAAAGUGUUCAAUUACUCAUUAUAUUACACCAUGUCGUUUAAGAUUCACAAAUAGUUUUUAAACAUUUACUUAUCUAUGUAUUGUUAGCCAAGUUUUGUACCAAGGAGCGGAAUGGCCGUAGAAAAGAUUUGACCUAGUCCUUUUAUCGACAAUCGAUUGAAUCGAUACCUAAUAGCAACCACACACACACGAAAAUAAGACGAAUGUAAUAUUAAAAACUUUUUAUAAUUUUCAAUAAUUAGUAAUUAGAUAGGUACCUUAAAUAUAUUAAGAACCGAUUAUUAUGAAUUUAAAUAUGCCAUUAAAAUAAAUAUCAUUCAUUGGAUAAAAAAUGCAUAUUCAUAAUGUUAAUAAAAUAAAACUGUACUUAUUCCUACUAAGAUUUAUAAUUAAUAAGCUUAGACAGCCUACUAUUUUUUUUCGAGCAACACCGGCUUCCGACACGUCGGAAGGGAGGGGCCCAAGCGACAUAUCUUACCGUACAAAUCUUUCUGCCAUUUUUUGUGGGGAGCAAGGUGCACACAGUCGCACUUCUCACACACUUACAUACAAGAUCCAAUCUGUAAUGACGACACAAAUGAUGAUCUGUUUUUGUGUACGGACGAGUCACAAGUGUCACUACAACACGCACACUAACACAUUUCGGUCGACGAAUUUUAUUGUUUUCUGAGAGAUGAGAAGUCGAAUUUGUCGCACGACCAAUCCGCAAUUUGUAUACUGGGCGAGCAAAAUCAAUAAAUCCAACAAUUACAUGAGACUAAAAUAUAAUAAUUGUGUUUAAAUGUAAUUAAACGUAUCGCUCGCGUUCCAAGGGCUCUUUCCCAAUGUUUAACAAUGUAAUAUCUUUAUAGGGGUUGGAUCAAAAACUAAGUGAAGUGUCCGACUCAUUCUUAACUGCAUAUUUCCAAUAGGUUUUCCUGUCAUCAAAAUAUAUACCUACUAGCUGUGCCCGCGGCUCCGCCCGCGUGGAAUUCGGUCUGUUCUAUUUCUCUCCCUCUCCCCUGGAGGCGGAACUUGAAGUAAAGUUGACAGAUGGAUAUGCUAGAGGACUGUAGUCCAGAUAAAAUAUUUAACAAUUAGGUACCACUAAAUAAAACUACACUCCAAAAUCAAUAGCUUUUUGCGCCCUGAUACAAAUUUUACACGUGAUUUA